AACAAUUCAACGAAGAAGAAACCAUCAACAAGAUUAUGUGAAACUUGUUGUGGACAUUCACUUUGAUUCUAUCGGUUCAGAAAGAGGGAUGGGAGUCCUACCAGGGAGAAGCCUUUUAUGUUUACUUUUUUUAAUUAUAAUCCUUUCAGAGGGCCAUUUUCGAUGGGUUGAGGCCCAGCACUGUGUGUGGUAUGGUGAGUGUGGGGAAUCCGUAAAGGUGCCUGGAAAAAAGUACAACUGCAACUACACGGGUCCUCCCCGUCCCCUAGAUGCUAAGGGCUAUGACCUUCUAACGGAGCUUUGUCCUGGAUAUGACUAUGGAAACAAAAGCCUCUGCUGUGAUGUUAACCAGUUGCAAACUCUCAAAGGGAGUCUCCAGCUGCCCCUUCAGUUCCUGUCUCGGUGUCCCGCCUGUUUCUUCAACUUGAUGAACCUCUUCUGUGAGCUUACAUGCAGCCCUCACCAGAGUCAGUUCAUGAAUGCUACGAAGUUCAACUUAACCAAUGUAGUGGAAGUCCAGUACUAUAUUGGACAGACAUUUGCUAAGGCCAUGUACAAUGCUUGUAAGGACGUCCAGGCACCAUCCAGCAACGUGAAGGCCUUGUCACUGCUGUGUGGGAAGGAUGCAAGUGACUGCAAUGCUACCAACUGGAUCCAGUAUAUGUUUAAUACUAACAAUGGACAGACUCCCUUUCCUAUCAUCCCAAUAUUCACAGAUGAUCCAGUGUCUGGUUACACUCCCAUGAACAACCAAACAUAUGCCUGUACAGAGGGCCUGGAGGACGGUUCAGGUCCCUGCUCCUGUCAGGACUGCACAAAGGCCUGUGGCCCCAAACCUGUACCCCCCCCUCUCCCCCCUCCCUGGACAAUCCUUGGUAUCGAUGCCAUGACUCUCAUCAUGUGGAUCUCUUACAUGGCCUUCCUGCUUAUCUUUAUUGGAGCUAUACUGGGAGCUUGGUGUUACAGGAAAAGGACCGUCAUGUCUGAGUAUGGACCCAUAUUGGACAGCAACAACCCACUGUCACUCAACAGUGAUAAUCCUGACCAAGUAAAUGCAUCAUGCUGUGAAACAUUGGGUGAGCGAUUCGAGAACGCUCUGCGGACCCUCUUCAGCUCCUGGGGUUCCUUCUGUGUGCGAUAUCCCUCUGUGGUCAUACUGGGCAGCCUGAUACUGGUGGUUGCCGCCUCCGGGGGCCUGGUCUAUAUGCGCAUCACCACAGACCCUGUUGAACUCUGGUCAUCUCCCACUAGCCAGGCUCGUCAAGAGAAGGACUACUUUGACAGCCACUUCGGACCCUUCUUUAGAACUGCGCAGCUCAUCCUAACCACUCCGCUCAAUACAACUUUCAACUACUCCCCAUACUUUGGAGGAUCAGAUGUCCCAUUUGGAGCCAUCCUGGACAAAGAUAUCCUGCACCAGGUGCUUGAUCUGCAGCUCGACAUUGAAGGCAUUGUAGCCACAUACGAGGGCCAAAACGUCACCUUGAAUGACAUCUGCUUGGCUCCGCUGGCCCCGUACAAUAACAACUGUACCAUCUUGAGUGUCCUUAACUACUUUCAGAACAGCCAUGCUGUGCUGGACCACACCAUAGGAGACUUAUUCUAUGUGUAUGCUGACUUUCACAGCCACUUCCUCUACUGUGUCAGUGCACCAGCAUCCCUAAAUGACACCACCCUCCUCCAUGACCCUUGUUUAGGCACUUUUGGCGGCCCCAUCUUCCCUUGGCUGGCCCUCGGGGGUUACGAUGGAACCAACUACAACAAUGCCACUGCUCUCGUGAUCACCUUCCCACUCAACAACUACCUGAAUGACUCAGUUAGACUGGGCAAAGCUCUGGCAUGGGAGAAAGAAUUCAUCAAAUUCAUGAAGAACUUCAAAAACCCUAAUCUGACCAUAGCCUUUAGUGCUGAGAGGAGUAUUGAAGAUGAAAUAAACAGAGAAAGCAACAGUGACAUUAGCACCAUAGUACUCAGCUACGCCAUCAUGUUCAUCUACAUCUCCUUGGCUCUGGGUCACAUCCAAAGCUGCAGGAGACUAAUGGUGGACUCCAAGAUUUCUCUGGGUAUAGCGGGUAUCCUGAUUGUGCUCAGCUCUGUGUCCUCCUCACUGGGGAUCUUCAGCUAUUUUAACAUCCCCCUUACCCUCAUUGUGAUCGAGGUCAUUCCUUUCUUAGUGCUGGCCGUUGGAGUGGACAAUAUCUUUAUUAUAGUACAGACAUAUCAGAGGGAUGAGCGGAUGCCCCAGGAGGAACUUCACCAGCAGAUUGGUCGUAUUCUUGGAGACGUAGCCCCUAGCAUGUUCCUCUCCUCCUUCUCAGAGACAGUUGCCUUCUUCCUGGGAGCCCUGUCCAACAUGCCCGCAGUGAGGACUUUCUCUCUGUUUGCUGGCUUGGCUGUUUUUAUUGAUUUCCUGUUGCAGAUCAGCUGCUUUGUCAGCUUGCUCGGCAUGGACGCCAGGAGACAGGAGGGGAAUCGACUCGACAUCUUAUGCUGUGCAAAGCUGUCGGAAGUUCAGGAAACAAAGACGGACAGCUUCCUCUUCCGUUUUUUCAAGAAAGUCUUUGCCCCAUUCAUCCUCAAAGAGUGGGUGCGACCGAUCAUAGUGGCAGUGUUUGUGGGAAUGCUCUCCUUUAGUAUUGCUGUGGUGAAUAAAGUAGAGAUUGGACUGGACCAGAAACUCUCCAUGCCAGAUGACUCGUACGUGCUGGACUAUUUUAAGAACCUGAGCAUGUAUCUCCACACUGGAGCGCCAGUGUACUUUGUGGUAGAAGACGGUCUUAACUACAGUAGCCCAGAGGGCCAGAAUGUUGUAUGUGGAGGAGUGGGCUGCAACAACGACUCUCUGGUCCAGCAGGUCUACAGCUCCUCACUCAUCAGCAACUACACAACCAUCGCCUUCACACCGUCCUCUUGGCUCGAUGACUACUUUGACUGGGUGAAGCCGCAGUCCUCCUGCUGUCGAUACUACAACAACAGUGGGGCUUUCUGCAAUGCCUCUGUGGUAAAUUCCUCCUGCGUCCACUGCCGGCCCAUGACUCCCAGUGGAAAACAGAGGCCGGAAGGAGAGGACUUCAUGCAUUUUCUACCCAUGUUUCUGUCAGACAAUCCAAACAUCAAGUGUGGAAAAGGCGGCCAUGCGGCAUACGCCACAGCAGUUGACAUGUACCCUAACAACACGGGGGUUGGAGCCACUUACUUCAUGACUUACCACACCAUCCUGAAAGAAUCCCCAGACUUCAUAGACGCUUUAAAAAUGGCCCGAAACCUGGCUGACAACAUCAGUCAGUCUAUAGACCACAAAGUUUUUGCCUACAGCGUCUUCUAUGUGUUUUACGAGCAGUACCUCACCAUCGCAUAUGACACAGCUCUGAACCUGAGCGUGUCGCUGGCAUCCAUAUUUGUUGUGACAACGGUGUUGCUGGGCUUCGAGCUGUGGUCAGCUGUGAUUGUCAGCAUUACCAUCGGCAUGAUUCUGGUGAACAUGUUCGGCGUCAUGUGGCUGUGGAACAUAAGCCUCAACGCAGUUUCCCUUGUGAACCUGGUCAUGUGCUGCGGUAUCUCGGUGGAGUUCUGCAGUCAUAUUGUGCGAGCGUUUUCCAUCAGUGUGAAGAAGAACAGAGUGGAGCGGGCCGAGGAGGCCCUGGCUCACAUGGGCAGCUCUGUAUUCAGUGGGAUCACAUUAACAAAGUUUGGAGGUAUCCUAAUCCUGGCGCUUUCCAAGUCGCAGAUCUUCCAGGUCUUCUACUUCAGGAUGUACUUGGCCAUAGUGUUGCUGGGGGCCACACACGGCCUCAUCUUCCUCCCUGUACUGCUCAGUUAUAUCGGUCCUUCUGUGAACAAAGCAAAGGUGUUUGCUGCUAACAAGCGCUAUGCUGGUACAGAAAGGGAGCAUCUCCUCAACUACUAGCAGGCUGCUUGGACAAUGAACAAUGAAC